AUGGGGGGAGUCACCCGGAAGGGACCAAUUGCUGCGUGGGUCGGGCUGGGUAUCGGUGUAGCAUCUAUGACUGUGCCAGUGUACAUCGCAGAAGUUGCUCCACCACACUUAAGAGGCAGAUUAGUCACCAUUAACACUCUGUUCAUCACUGGAGGGCAGUUUUUUGCAAGUGUCGUUGAUGGAAUCUUCAGCUACCUCGCGAAGGAUGGAUGGAGGUACAUGCUGGGCCUUUCAGCUGUUCCAGCAGUUAUACAGUUUUUUGGAUUCCUGUUUCUUCCUGAAAGUCCCCGAUGGCUCAUUCAGAAAGGCCAGACUCAGAGAGCACGGAGAAUUCUGUCUCAAAUGCGUGGCAACCAGGCAAUCGAUGAGGAAUAUGACAGUAUCAAAAACAACAUUGAAGAAGAAGAAAAAGAAGUUGGAGCAGCUGGACCUGUGAUCUGCAGAAUGCUAACAUACCCUCCAACUCGAAGAGCCUUAAUUGUGGGUUGUGGUCUGCAGAUGUUUCAACAGCUGUCAGGGAUUAACACCGUCAUGUACUACAGCGCUACCAUUCUGCAGAUGUCAGGAGUUGAAGAUGAUAGGCUUGCCAUCUGGCUGGCUGCACUGACAGCAUUUAUAAACUUCAUUUUUACUCUUGUGGGAGUCUGGCUUGUUGAAAGAAUGGGUCGCCGGAAACUUACACUUGGUAGCUUAACAGGUACUGCUGUAGCACUCCUUAUCCUAGCUUCGGGAUUUUUGCUAUCAGCUCAGGUCUCGCCAAGGAUCACACUUAAUCCAUCAGAUCCUUCACAUCAAAACUCUACCUGCACAAAAUACAGUUAUUGUAAUGGAUGUAUGUUAGAUCCAGACUGUGGUCUCUGCUACAAAUUGAAUAAAUCAAGUGUUGUUGAGUCCUCAUGUGUUCCUGUCAAUAAAGAUUCUACAAUGAAAGCGGCUUGGGGCAGGUGUUCAAAUGAAACAGUAUUUAAAAAGGAAGAUUUGUUUUGGGCAUACAAUUUCUGCCCCACUCCAUACUCUUGGACAGCACUUCUGGGCCUUAUUUUGUACUUGGUUUUCUUUGCACCUGGGAUGGGUCCUAUGCCCUGGACUGUCAAUUCUGAAAUUUACCCACUUUGGGCUAGGAGUACAGGAAAUGCGUGUUCCUCUGGAGUCAACUGGGUUUUCAAUGUGCUUGUGUCACUGACAUUUCUGCAUACAGCUGAAUAUCUGACAUACUAUGGAGCCUUCUUCCUCUACGCAGGGUUUGCUGCCUUGGGACUGGUUUUCAUCUAUGGCUGCCUUCCUGAGACUAAGGGGAAAAAACUAGAGGAAAUUGAGUCUUUGUUUGAAAACAGGCUAUGUACAUGUGGUAUGUCGGAUUCUGAUGAAGGGAGGUAUAUCGAAUAUAUUCGGGUGAAGGGAAGUAAUUACCAUCUUUCUGACAAUGAUGCUUCUGAUGUGGAAUAA